UCCUUUUCUCUGUGGUCCUUCCUCUUUAUAUCUCUCUUAUCGCUUUCUUCAUUUAUUCACAGCUUAUAUCGCACACUAGUCAUUCUUCUCUUUCUUCUUCCUCCUCCUCCUCCGUUGCUUCUUCUUCUCCUUCUUCAAGCCUGCCUUUCUUCGUUAGAGGAAAAAACUUAUUCCUAUUGGCUCUUUGCGAGUUGCUUCUCAGCUAUAUUAUAUAUAGAUCCUGAAAGGCUCACUUUAAGACAAACACAGACGAAACUGAUCUAGUGAUGUCUAGCAGGAGGUCGAGGCAGUCGGGGACUUCGAGGAUCACAGAUGACCAAAUCAUCGAUCUCGUUUCCAAGUUACGCCAACUUGUUCCUGAGAUUCGCAAUAGGCGUUCUGACAAGGUACCUGCUUCUAAGGUCCUACAAGAGACCUGCAACUACAUCAGAAACUUGCACAGAGAGGUAGAUGACCUGAGCGAGCGACUUUCCCAGCUUUUGGCUACUAUUGAUGCUGAGAGCGCCGAGGCCUCGAUUAUUCGGAGCUUGAUUACGCAAUAAAUUAACCCUUAAUAUCCUACUCUACUUAUAUAUAUAUAUAUAUAUAUAUAUAGUUGUGGUUUUUUUUAUAUAUCUAGGUUUUGGUCACUAGAUCAAGCAAGGAUUAGUGUAUUUUAGAUUUCCGACGUGGAUAUAUAGCCGCUGUAAUUAAGUGGUAUAAUAAGAGGACUUGCACUAGCAAGGCCUCUUUAAUUGCAUGCAAAAUGAGGUUGAUUGCAGCUUGAACUCAUGUACUGGUCGUGAUCAUCAAUUAAUGGCAAAUACAAAUUAAUCUACUUUAA